GCAAUGUAUCAUCUGAUGUGGAGGGGGCAGGCUCACGGCUGUUGACACUGUAGAUCUGGAAGGAGACACGUUCCCAACAGAGCAAUCAUGCGCUUGUGCCUGGCAAGACUACAUUUCCCGUGAGCCAGCGCGAGCGCAUGCGCACUAACGUCCCAGUUGUCAAAGUGCUCUUGGCGAUCAGGUCGCUCAGCCAGCUGUAAGGGAAGCGAAAGAAGGACCCCUAGAAUUGCUUUCAUCGACCUGUACCCCGUGAUCACACAUAAGCUGUGCAAGCCAUGCAGGAUGAUUUACUAAUGGACAAAAGCCAAUCUCAGCAGAGACAGCAGUCAGCCCCAACAUCCCAGGCUCAGCAGCAAGACCCCAACACUUCAGAAGCCCCCUGUGCCGCAGAGCCCCCCAGUCCUGAGAACAACAACAGCAGCACCCCAACUCUGAAGGAGAAGAUACAGAUGGAGUCCCCCAUCUUGCCUGGUCUGAGCUUCCCCCAGCCUGGUCAGCAGGAGCCCCCCACUGGCCCUUCCCUGUCCCCAUCCUUUGGAAGCACCUGGUCCACUGGAGGUACUAGCAAUGCUGUGGAUGACAGCUUUUUCCAAGGAAUUACCCCUGUCAAUGGGACCAUGCUAUUCCAGAACUUCCCACACCACCACGUCAACCCUGUAUUUGGGGGCACCUUCUCCCCUCAGCUGGGGCUAGCUCAUCAGACUCAUCAGCAACAGCAGAGAAGAUCCCCCGUGAGCCCCAAUAACCAUCCCCCCUAUAACCAGAGAAACGCUUACAGCCACCAGGCUAUCUUGACCAACAAGCCCUCCACAUCCUCCUCAUCACCGUCCCCUUCCAGCUGGAAUAACCAGCAGAAUGCAGCGUGGAAUAACCCCUCCAAUCCCUGGGGAGGUCUACAGCCUGGCAGAGACCCCCGCAGGGCAGUGGGGGUAGGAGUAGGUGUGGGGGUUGGGGUGCCCUCACCACUCAAUCCAAUUUCCCCAAUGAAAAAACCCUUUUCCAGUAAUGUGAUUGCACCCCCCAAAUUCCCUCGAGCUUCGCCUCUAGGUCCCAAAUCCUGGGUGGAGGACAACGCUUUCAGGACGGACAAUGGCAAUAACCUUUUGCCCUUGCAGGACCGAAACAGGCCCUAUGAGUCUUUUAACUUGCACUCUUUGGAGAAUUCAUUAAUGGACAUGAUAAGGACUGAUCAUGAACCUCUAAAAGCUCGGAUGGGGAUUAAUUUCCAUCACCCAGCAACAGAUAACAUUAUGGCACUUAACACAAGGAGCUAUGGUCGGAGACGAGGUCGGUCUUCGCUUUUCCCCUUUGAAGAUGGAUUUCUCAGUGAUAGUCACACUGACCAGUCAUCUGGCUUGAGUUCUCCUACACACUGUCAGAAUGGCGAACGGGUUGAGCGCUACUCUCGAAAGGUGUUUGUUGGUGGAUUACCUCCGGACAUUGAUGAAGAUGAGAUCACUGCAAGUUUUCGGAGGUUUGGCCCUUUGGUGGUAGAUUGGCCUCAUAAAGCAGAAAGUAAAUCCUACUUUCCACCAAAAGGUUAUGCCUUCCUGCUCUUUCAAGAGGAAAGUUCCGUGCAGGCUCUGAUAGAUGCCUGUUUAGAAGAAGAUGGCAAGCUUUACCUAUGUGUAUCCAGCCCCACCAUCAAAGACAAACCUGUCCAGAUAAGACCCUGGAAUCUGAGUGACAGUGACUUUGUCAUGGAUGGUUCUCAACCAUUGGACCCGAGGAAAACCAUAUUUGUUGGAGGUGUUCCACGACCUUUGCGAGCCGUUGAACUGGCUAUGAUCAUGGAUCGUCUGUAUGGUGGCGUGUGCUAUGCUGGCAUUGAUACUGAUCCUGAAUUGAAAUACCCCAAAGGUGCUGGACGGGUGGCAUUUUCAAAUCAACAGAGUUACAUAGCUGCGAUCAGUGCCCGCUUUGUUCAGCUGCAACACAAUGACAUUGACAAACGGGUGGAAGUGAAGCCAUACGUGUUGGAUGAUCAGAUGUGCGAUGAAUGCCAGGGCACACGUUGUGGUGGGAAGUUUGCGCCUUUCUUCUGCGCCAAUGUCACCUGCCUGCAGUAUUAUUGCGAGUACUGCUGGGCCAGCAUCCAUUCCCGUGCCGGCCGGGAGUUCCACAAACCACUGGUCAAAGAGGGGGGCGAUCGGCCACGCCACGUCCCCUUUCGCUGGAGCUGAGCAUUGCACAAGUCACACACAGAAGAUCGGGGUCUAUGGAAACCAGUGAUGCCCCCUCAGAUCUAUGGAAGAAAUAGCUCUUUCUGUUGUUUUAUAAAUGUUAUUAUUUACAGCCACCUUACUGAACUUAGUGUCCAGUAUAAUGCAAACCUGCAGAGUGUAACUGUUCUCAAUUUUGCACUUUGAUUUCUAUAUGGAUGAAAAACCAACAGAAUCAUCAUCCUCAUCAUCUGGUUGGUACCUUAGUUUCCUUCACAGACAUGUUGUCAGUAGAGACAUCUCAUUUAGGCCGGUACAAAUUCCUCUCCCUUCCAGGUUGUUGUGGGUGCGGUGAAGAAUUUCUCUUAUAAACUGGAGCAUGCACUUAAGUAUCUGAUUCACAAUUUAUAUUCUCCUCACCCAUAGAAGACGACUUACCAAAGUUCUCAUAAGUGAUAUGUGGAAAAUGUAGCAAAAACAACAACAAAUUCCAAUAGGAGUCUUACACCAUAACCGUGCAAUUCAAUAUAACAAAUCAUACCAACUUACAAUGUCCUUAGCUUGGUAUUUAAGAACCAUGUCUUUUUGUAAUAAGCUUAUGUUAGAGAAACCAUAUCUUCUAUACAGUGAAUCAGAUUUUUUUUCCCUGUGUUUUUUUUGUUUUAUUUUUUAUUUUUUUUAUUGAACAGGUUGGGUUUGAGAGGUAGACCUUUUUAGUGUUAUGUAAAUGUAUGCUGCAAUAGCUUUUGCUGCUAUUAAAAUGGUAUUGACAAUACCAGAAUACUCUAUUCAGGCUAGGGUAUCUGUGAUUUAAUACAUAAAAAAGACAAAAACCUAUAUAAAUAAUGUAGAAUUACAAUGAAGUUAAAAAAAAAAAAAAUUUAAAAAAAAGCUGCUGGAAAUUGAUAUAAAGAACUUCCGAGGAAGGUCGGUUUUUUCGUUUUCGAUGCAUGUUUGAUAAUUCAGAUUUCUGCAUGCAGUACUAUAGCACAUCAUAUACAACCUGACCAUGAAACAGAAACAAAUGAAGGCAUCUACUUACUAAGAAAAAGUAAUGCUACAGUAAGUAUAAAGUAUCAAAAAUGAUGACUGGAGGAAGGCAUGUCUGUUAUCUAUAAUACAUAUAAAUCAAUGGGGUCAGUCAAUAACAGAUUUUUUUUUUUUAUUAACUACCGAUAAUGAAAACUAGAUGUAGGAUAUAAGUAAUAAUGGUAAAAUAAAAGUAUAUGGUAGUCAUUAAAAAAAAAAAUGCGGUGCUCUGUUAUAUCGUGCAAUUUAUUUUAUGUAGUAAAGUGAUUUAUGUCAUGUACUGUGAUCAGAUGUAACUUAAAGCCUCUGUGUAUACCUGACAGCUUGGUAGUUCUUAGUUACAAAUCCCCCUUUUUUAUAUCUGUUUUAUUUUUUUAUGUUUUUAUAUUUUUUUUCUAGCUGGUAUAGCCCAGGUUUUACAUGCUAAAUCCCCCCCCCCCCAUUUUUCAGACACUACCAAAAAAGAAUAUUAUCUGUGGGGCUUACAGGCUAAGGCACAAGUGAUGCUAAAAGAAAUGUCCGUCUUGAAACUAUAUAAGGGUAAUGUUUAGUUUUUCUAUUGACGACAAACAAAACUGUUAUCCUAGACAUAUCCUGUGAAGCUUGAAGAUUUGAGUCCUGCUAAGGGCAUUUUUACUUAGCACAAGGCUGGUAUGUUCUGCAGGUAGUACAGAAAGUAUUCACAUCCCCCACUUAGUUAUCUGCAAAAGAUGGCAUGUCUAUGCACAGAGAGCAUCAAUAUCUAUCAUGACCCGGAUAGGAUUUUCUGCAUUUUAUGAAAUCCUUUACGGGUUUAAAAUUAUUUAUUGUUUUUUUUUGUUUUUUCCCCAUAUAUUUGUUUAUAUGUUCAGUUGCGAAUGUUAGAUGAGAAAAAAAUAUUUUUUUAUAUAUAUAUAUAUAUUUUUUUUUUUUGCUUUUUGAUUGUUAUAUUCUAAUAAAUAUGCCGGGUUUGCAUUGUAAUGCGUCCCCUAUAAUUCAUAUUUACAUAUCCUUUUAAAGCUAAUUGAAGCUAUGGUAACUUUGUUUAAGAAGCCUAUUUUGUCUCUUUAUCAUCUGUAAAAUGUAUUUUGUUAUGCACUACUCUUUGUAUCUGGGCAAUUUUUCACAGUCCGCUUCUAUUAUUAUUAUUAUUUUAUUUUUAUUUUUUUAAGAGAAUCUUUUGACAUGAUCUUUUGCAAUACCUCAAAUUUUGAAUAUAGGAAAGAAAUAUUUUCUAAGUAAGUUUAUUCAGAAAUAUAUAUUAAUUUAAUUUUUUUUUUAGAAAAAUGAUUUAUUUCUAUUUACAUUUGUUUUUCAUGCUUAUUUGCUUUUUUGUGUGUCACAGUUGAAGAUUAAGAGUUUUGUAACUUUAUAUGAUAACAUAAGGAAACAAAAAUCUACCUACUGCUACUAAUAAUUUUUGUAAAAAAAAAAAUGUAUAAAAAAUUGGGCCCCACUUGACAUUGUUACAGACUUCAAAUGAUCUGUCCACCAACCACUUUUUUUUUUGUUUUGUUUUUAUUUAAUGCAUCUACAAUAAAAGGUGAAGCAACUUUGUGCUUUGAUUAAAAAAUAUAUAUUUUUACAGCUCUUAGGCUGAUCGGUGUGUCUCCAUGGUUACAGACUACAAACACUGGGUAGUCUGACCUUUUAGAAAAUCUUGUUCCUACAGCUGUUCCACAGAUCUGUGUCUCCAUGGUUACAGACUACAAUCAGACACUGUGUAGUCUGAUUUUUCAUCUGGCUUUGAGUUUUUGCUAACUUACAUUCAGUAGAUUAUGAAGAAGUAUGGGACAGAUGGAAGGUAGUAUGGCGGUAGGAAAAGAAUUUAAACAUUUUGUAGUUUACAACCAUGGCGUCACAUAGAUGAUGGCAUAGGAGAUGUAGACACAAAGUGGUAGGAAAUUUGUAAUCAAAGCUAUUUAAAUAGCUGAUACAUUUUCUAUUUUGGAUGCAUUUGGUUGCAAAGGUGGACAUACCCUUUAAGAUUUUGAAUUCCUGAUGCACACAGCUUUGUCUUUAGCCAAAUUCUAUUAAUGCUUAAAGGGGUACUCCGCUGCUCAGCAUUUGGAACAAACUGUUCUGAACGAUGGAGCCGGCGCCGGGAGCUUAUGACGUCAUAGCCCCACCCCUUCAUGACAUCAUGCCCUGCCCCCUCAAUGCAAGUCUAGACUUGCAAUGAGGGGGCGGGGCUAUGACGUCAGGAGCUCCCGGCUCCAGCGUUCGGAACAGUUUGUUCCAAACACUGAGCAGCGGAGUACUCCUUUAAAGCGAAGUUGUAAAAUUGAAAAGAGAGUUUCCCUUAAUUUGUAUGUUUAUAAUCAGGUGUUGAUUAUAUGCGUGACUGACCAGAAUUGUGAAAGAAUUCUUCUAUUUUCUAUUUGUAUUUUUUUAAAUAUGUUUUUUAGUUUGUUAAAUUAUGGUUUGUUUGUUUUUUUUAUUUUGUUCCCCAAUUUGUAAAUCUAUUUGCCCCAGUAGAUUUCAAUAUCUCACAAUAUUGUAUUUGCUGUAAGAGGAAUCCGCAUUUAGUUUUUUGCAUGACCCUCUUACAACUGAGUGGUUUAGCAGGGUCCUUUAGGCGAAUAAAGAGGAAAAAAAAUAUUUUUUAAAUGUGUUUUGAAUUGCAACUUGACUAAAUUGUUGGAUGUAUCAGUUCAGUUGGUUGCCUUUCCUCGGUGUUAGACUUGAAUUAGUCACUAUUUUGAAGGCAGACUUAAUCUUAUUUGUUAUGUGCAAUACUGUUUGUACUGUUUAUAUAAAAAAGUGUAAAAAAAAAAUGGAAAAAAAAGCAUAAAUCUUUAUUGCAGAUUUAUUUUCAUUGCAAACAUUGUGGAUUCCGUAAGAUCAUUUUCUACUGUCAAAUAUGUACCUUUUUCUUCAUGCUGGUAUUUUUUCAAUAGUAAUGUAGCCUUUGUACUGAGACAAAGUUUUCAUUGUUAUUUUUAGAAAGAUUUUUUGCUAAGAAAACAAAUUAAAACAUAUUUACAUAUUUUUCAUUUUUUUAUUUUGUAUUUCCUUAGAGUGCUUUCUUCAACCAUUAAUAACCGUUGUUCCUCGGAGGUACUUUCAGAUCUGGUCAAUGUCAUUAAUAUUAUUUUGUAUUUUUACUUGGAAUAAAUUAAUUUUAUUAUGCGAAUUCCUUUAAAAAAAAUGUUUUUGUUUUUUUUCAUUUGUUAUUUUUGACGCUAUAUAAAAAAACUUUGUAAUAUUGUUACUAAAGUGACUAAUUUUUUUGAAAAGCAAAGCUUUAUGUAUUAACUUGCUGAUGUGGUUUACAAUGGUGUGGCAGUGAUGAAAAUGGUUGGUUAUGUAAAGUGAUUGAAACAAUGUAAUGAACAAUUGGGCAAUAAAAAAAAAAAGAGUGAAGCGAAAAAUAUUUUAUUGUUGAGCGGAAUUUCCUUUUAAUUAACAGUUUUGAAAUAAAG